CCUCUCCACCUUGUUCCCAUCCACCUUUCCAGUUUCUUUCGUCUUGGAAUUGCUCUCAACUGGUCACAAAUUUUUUAUGUUGGUUUUUUUUUUUUUUUUAAGAGCGUGAAUCUGGGUUUGAUUGUAAAGAGAUUUUGGGACUUGUGAGUUCAUUUUAGUCCGGAAAGCUUGCUAUUUGAGUGAAAAAAUGGAGACUUUGGAGCAGGAUUCUUGGUGUUUUCUGCAUUUAGAAGUUGAUUCAAAGAAGCGGGAUUGGUCUUGUGGAGGUUCUGUUUUCCCUUUUUUUAACUGUGGGAAAAUUACAAAUUAAAAUGUUGUGGGGAAAUCGGUAUUGCAAGUAGAAAAGGAAUGUGUUUUCGGGAACAAAUAUUAUGGGUAUUUUUCUUUAUCGAGUUUGAUUCUGUUAAAGAAAAGAGGAGUUGGUGGUUUGGGGUUAGAAAUUAAGUUCAGAGGUUUUUUCUUUCCUUUUUGUUUUGGGUUUUAGUUGUGGUUGAAUCUUACAAGGCUCAACGUGAGUCGCAAAAGUGCUUUAAGGCGCAUUGAUCAGGCUUUGAAGGUCACACAAGAAGGCUAUUUUAAUUGUGUUAACAAUGGAUGACACUGAGGAUGAUGCAAGGUACCCCCCAAAUCGGUAUGGUGUGAAUCACCAGCAGGGUUAUGGCUCCUCGAGUCGGCAGAAACUUUCUGUUAGGAAUGCUCCAUAUUCUUCUUCAGCUGGUAGUCAGUAUGUUGACGAGGAUGAUGAUGAAGAUGAAGAAGAUGAGGAUGACUUGGCAGAGGAGGAAGAUAAUGAUGAUCAAAGUGAUGGUUUCCGUAAUAUCCAUGAAGAUUUGGAGGAUGAUGAUGAUGAUGAUGAAGAGGAGGAGGAGGAUGAAGAUGAUGAUAAGCAGAAAAUUUAUGGUAGGAGGAUUGAAAAUGUUGAUUUCGAAAGGCACCCAAAGAAGCGAAAGUUGAAGAGUUUGGUUUCUAGCUAUGAAUUUGCUCCUCGGGUACCUACGCCAUCGGCUGCAGCUCUGGCUCUCCCUGCUCCAAAACCAUCGGUUGGAGGCCGAAAUUCGCUGACUGAUUGGACUGAGCGUGAGACAUUCGUUUUACUAGAUGCUUGGGUUGACCGGUUUCUUCAUCGUGGUAGGAAGAGUCUUCGGUCUGAGGAAUGGCAAGAAGUUGCAGAGAAGGUAUCAGAAAUUUCAAAAAUUGAAAGGACUGAUACUCAGUGUAGGAAUAGAUUGGAUACAUUGAAGAAGAAGUACAAAAAAGAGAAGAUGAGGAUGGCAGAGACUGGUGAUGCCACUAGCAAAUGGGUUUAUUUUAAGAAGAUGGAUAUGUUGCUGUCAUCGCCCCCGCAGCAAGCUGGCCUCUCGUGUGGUUUGGACUCAGGGGAGUACGUAUUCAUGAACCCUAGAGUUUAUUUGAAUCGUGCAAAUGGGUUGGAAGAAAUGAGGGAUAGUCCUGGGAAUUCGGAAUCUACUGAUGGCGAGGAAGAUGAUUCAGAUGGACUUCCGCCAAAGAAGAGGAGGAUUGGAAGGGUAAAUGAUGAGGGGCCUUCCUUUAGAUUACUUGCUGAUUCCAUUCACAAAUUCAGCGACAUAUAUGAGAAGAUUGAGAAUAGUAAAAGGCAGCAGAUGGUGGAGCUAGAGAGGAUGAGAAUGGAUUUCCACAGGGAAUUGGAGAUGCAGAAGAGGCAGAUUCUUGAGAGAGCGCAUGCAGAGAUAGUGAAAAUACGGCAGGGUGAUGAUGAGGAAAAUGAUGUCUCUGCUGAGAAUGCCAGUGGCUGAUGUAUUGAGAUGCAAUAAGCUUUCUGUCGAUUGCUACCACUGUUGUAUAACACUUGGGGGGCCUUUUUGCCUCUUUUAAUUUUUAUCUUAUGAGGAUGUAAUAAUGCUGGAGAUAUUGUAUUACUUAGUAGUCGAAGAAAUGGCAAAAUUAAUCAGAUCAUUGCUAUGUUA